CAAAGCAGCAGUUCAUUCAGCAGCAGCUUUAUCGAUUGUAUUAUUCAACUAAUAAGGUUAUUUCUAAUCUGUUCCUUUAGUCUUUAUUAUGCGUUUUGCUAAGUACUUAGUGAUUUUAUGGUGUAGUAUUAACUGCGGUCAUGGACAGGAGCCUUCUUCACCUUUGAUGCUCUCUAAUGAGCGCGUUACAUUGGAUGAUUGCCAUCUUCGGUUCCACAAACUAGUAGCCUACCCUCUCCCCAAACCUGCUUUUGGCCACCCAGCCCGGCUGAAGGAAUUCGCUCACAUCGGAGCAGUUGGCUGGACACUGCCAAAUGGUACCGUGUCGUGGAAAUGUGGAGGAACCUUAAUCUGGGAUAAUUUUGUUUUGACAGCUGCCCAUUGCGCAGUAGAUUUGAGUGGUAAGCGACCUGACGUAAUUAGGUUCGGUGAUCUCAAUAUCUAUAGUUCCGAUGACGAUGAGUAUGCCCAACAGCUUAACAUUAUUGAUGUGAUAAGACAUCCUGACCAUCGAUACGUAGCACAGUAUCACGAUAUUGCGCUGUUGAAACUGGAGAAAAACGUUACAUUGCAUGACACGGUUGUUCCAGCUUGUCUUUGGACUGACCGGGAAGUUAGAUUCAAAACGUUAGAGGCUGCUGGCUGGGGUAAAACAGGCUUUGCUGAAGAGCAAACUCCGGUGCUGCUCAAAGUAAGUCUCAAGCCGAUAGACAAUGAAGAAUGUAGUAAAAUUUAUACUAAUGACACAAAUCGCAAAUUGCGGCUAGGCCUUCAGGAUCAUCACAUCUGCGCUGUUGAUGAAAAAAUGGAUACAUGUGAGGGUGACUCGGGAGGUCCACUUCAAAUCAAGUUGAUGCACAACGGAAGAGUAACACCGUUUUUGGUCGGCGUGACAUCGUUCGGGACGAUUUGCGGAACCUCGUCUCCCGGUGUAUACACAAAGGUAGCUUCUUACCAAGACUGGAUUGUUGAUACGAUGCGAAGCCAUGGGGCAUUCGUCAAUGAGACAACCUACAAUGCAACGUUUUGUGCACUACGAUACGUACAUUUUCGUGAAUAUGAGGAUGCUGUCAUUACUAGUAGAACUGAUACCUACGUUUUGACGGACACAAGUUUACGGCAUAUGCAAGAGGUUGAACGUCUUCCAUCGUACAUGGUGAAGCUUGCAUGGCGUACUGGUGCUGGACGUGAGGAUUGCUACGGUGCUAUAAUUGAUGAAACUUCUGUUUUGACGUUAGCGCAAUGUGUUUAUUACAAUCGGGAACCUGUUAGUCAUAUUUUAUAUUUAGGGGAUAAAGAGAUGAAUGUGUCUAAGUUUGACAUUCAUCCUGAAUACAUCCCAGAAUCUGGAUACAACAAUAUUGCUAUUUUGCAUACGAAACACUUUCUGGAUAUUCAUCAAAUUCAGCCUGCUUGCAUUUGGCACGAACAGAAGAUACCGUUCGAUGAGGUGCAUAUUUUUGGAUCUGGUAGAGAAGAUAUUAACACCUUCUGGCCGGAAUCACGGAAAUUGAUUGAUCCCACGAUAACAUUUCUCAGACCACGGUUAUUCGUUCAAAAUUCAACUGCCUGUGCUAUACCCAAUCGAUUUGAAUCCAAACUCGAAACUGGGUUGAAACGAGAGCAUGUUUGUGUUGGAAAAGAUUUCUUUCUAGUGCCAAAGUCCUGUGACCUGUUGGUUGGUGGUAGCAUUGAUGGAUCUGUAUGGCGUGAAGGUAACGAUUAUCCUACAACAUUCGGAUUAGUUCAGUUUGGGAGGGACUGUGGAUUCGGGGAACAUUCCGUUGCAACCGGAUUUGCAAAUCACAUUGACUGGCUGAAGUCUCUACUGUUGUCUGAUCAUACCGAAAAGGGUGGGACGUUUCAUUUUCUGGAUGAUGACCUGCACGAAGGUGAUACAUGUACAAGUGACGAUAAUGGAAAAGCGGGACUUUGCGUUGCUGUUUCGAAAUGUCCACGACAGUGGAAGAAAUUUCUAUCCACAGGAAAUGCCCAAUUUUGCUCUACCAGCUCAGUGAUUUGUUGCCCUCAUGAUGCCAUGGAUGGUGUGUCUGAUACUCAUCCUGCAAUAGCUUCUUGUCCGAAUGUUGUACGGAACAUCAAGUCAAAGAAGCCAGGAGGAUCAUUGGUUCUCGUAGGCUGGUUUGAAGAAGAUUUCAUCAGGUUCAAAUGUUUGGGUACUAUAUUAACAAGAAACGUGGUAUUAACUACUGCGAGUUGUUUCGGAAAAGUUAAACCAGAUGUCAUAAAGCUUAUUUCCAACGAAACGGAUUCAGUGUUGCAGGUAAAAGCUACUCUCAAGCAUAACGCAUACAAUGCAGUCGACAAUAGCAAUGACAUCGGGAUCAUAUGGUUGACAGACAGGCUUCAAUGGAAUUCAGAUGUGUAUCCCUCGUGUCUGUGGACAAACAGAACUCACACUCCUUUAGUGAUGGACAUGGUUUUGCCGGUCAAAUUCGAUCAUGUGGGUUACGUACGUGUACUUGCGAUGUACAACUCGGACUGCCAGAGAACUAACAGCUAUAAGUUACCUGAAAGUCAGCUUUGCGUGCGUGACCCUUUCGAGAAACCCACUUGCUUGGAUCCGUUCAGUGCAUUGCUCUGGGUACGGGGUGAUGGGGUAGCAUUUACGGUUGGCUUGUCUACUAUUUUGCCUGAUUGUAACGAGCGGGAUUAUAUGAUAUUUACCAGAUUUUCAGCUUACUCACAAUGGAUUGGAGAUGCCCUUCGGGAUGCUGUGUUUAAUAGUGGAGACAACUCUACACUUUUGAUGCUCCCAAAUGAGCGCUUGAGUUUGGACGAUUGUCAUCUUCGGUUUCACAGAUUUUCGUUACAUUCGGAGGCAGCACCUGCAAGCGCUGAUCCCGCGCGGUUGAAGGAAUUCGCCCACAUCGGAGCAAUUGGGUGGACACUGCCAAAUGGUACUGUCUUGUGGAGUUGUGGAGGAACCUUAAUCUGGAAUAAUUUCGUUCUAACAGCUGCCCAUUGCGCUAUAGAUGAUAGAGGUAAACGGCCCGAUGUCAUUCGGUUUGGAGAUUUGAAUAUCUACAGCGCCGAGGACGAUGAGUAUGCUCAACAGUUUAAAAUUAUUGAUGUGAUAAGACAUCCUAAGCAUCGCUUUGUAGCACAAUAUCACGAUAUUGCGCUGAUGAAACUGGAGAAAAAUGUUAGACUUCAUGACACGGUAGUUCCAGCUUGUCUUUGGACCGACGAGGAAAUCAGAUUCAAAACGUUAGAAGCUGCCGGUUGGGGUCAAAUUGGCUAUGCCCAAGAGCAGACCCCGAUUCUGCUAAAAGUGAGACUCAAGCCGAUAGGCAACGAAGAAUGCGGUAAAAUUUACACAAAUGAAACGAACCGCAAAUUGCGGGAUGGCCUUCAGGAUCAUCACACCUGCGCUGUUGACGAAAAAAUGGAUACAUGUGAGGGUGACUCAGGGGGUCCGCUUCAAGUCAAGCUGAUGCACAACGGAAGGGUGACACCGUUCUUGGUCGGAAUCACAUCGUUUGGUACAAUUUGCGGAACCUCGUCUCCCGGUGUAUACACAAAGGUGGCUCCUUACCACGACUGGAUUGUUGAAACAAUGCGAAGCCACCGGGCUGUCGUCAAUGAAAAUACUUACAAUGCUACAUUUUGUGCACUACGGUAUGUACAUUUUCGUGAAUACGAGGAUGCCAUCAUUACUGCUAGAACUGAUUCCUACGUUUUGACCGACACAACUUUGCACCACAUGGAAGCAGCUGAAAGUCUUCCAUCAUACAUGGUGAAGUUGGCAUGGCGCUCUGGCGAUGGUCAUGAUGAUUGUUACGGUGCAAUAAUUGAUGAAACUACCGUACUGACUUUGGCGCAAUGUGUUUUUCACAAUCGGUGA